UUAACGGUCAAGAUCUUAUAAAUUCAUCUUCUCAGGCCAAAAUACACCCCUCUGUCUCUCUCUCUCUCUGCCUUUUGCUGUAGUUGGAAGCUUUUGUUUUGGUUUUUCUCUCUCUAGUUCCUCUCUAUAAACUGAGGUUUGGGAUAGGAUUGGAGGGAUUGAUCUGUGAAUUUAUAGUUUUCGGACUAGUUUGGUGAGGUGGGUUUCAGUUAAAUUUUGUGUUCUCGUUUUUUGAGAGGUAGGAGAGGUAAAAUGGAGAGAGAUUUUAUGGGUCUGAACUCAAAGGAACCAUUGGCUGUGGUCAAGGAAGAGGUUAAUUGUGAUGGGUACAAAGAGAUAGGAUUUAGUAAGAGUUCAGGGAUACACUGGCCCUUCUCCAACAAGGUCUCUGCCCUUCCUCAUUUGAAUUCUUUCAAGGUUUCCCAAGAAGAUAAGACCAAAAGGCUUGUAUCUGAUUCCUCAUUGUCUCCUGGAUUCUUGUCCAUCUCAACUGCAGAUGCAUUUGAUUCUAACCAAAAACAGUUUAUGGCUGAAAUCCAGAAAUCAUUCAAUCACAAUAGGCAAAGUGGGACUGAUUUUACAUUGACUGCUUAUCCUGUGCAACAUGAUGUGCAUUCUGUGCAUCAUCCUCGUGACAUGAAGAUGUUUCCAGUCUCCAACCAUGCAAGUUCAAUUUCCUUGAGCAACCCUUUCUUCAAGAAUUAUUAUGCCCCCUCUGGUCAGAAUGUUUCUGGUGCUACAGUGAAGCCUCAAUUACUUGGAGGAAUUCCUGUCACGACUCCACAAACAAUUCUUCCUACUGUUGGCUCUGUCACUGGGAUGAUGGAAUCAUGUGCGAUAGCCUCUGGGUCUCCUGCUCAACUGACUAUCUUUUAUGGUGGCACAGUGAAUGUGUAUGAUGAUAUAUCACCUGAGAAGGUACAGGCUAUCAUGUUCUUGGCUGGGCAGGAUUCUUCUAUCUCCUCUAACAUGGCACUGCCAAAAAUUCAAGUCCAUGCACCAAGCUCAAAACCAAUAGCAACUGAUGUCAAUCCUGUGAACCACAAUGUAACUACACCACCUUGCUCCCGGCUCUCGAGCCCUUUAUCUGUUUCUUCACAAACAGGUGCUCAGUCGGGGAGUGGGUCUACUAGUACUGAAGAAAUAAUGGCAACUAAAACCACUGGAGUUGCAACCACUCCUGUUAGUAAACUGGACACUCCAAAACUUACAAGUGCAAUGGGAUCUGUUGCUGCAACAACCAUGAUGCCAUCUGUGCCCCAGGCUCGUAAGGCAUCCUUGGCUCGGUUUUUGGAGAAGCGCAAGGAGAGGGUGAUGAGUGCAGCACCAUACAACAUGGGCAAGAAAUCUCCUGAAUCUGCUAUGCAGAAUCCAAUAGAAUGAAUUCCUCUGCAGAGGCGACCUGUUCUCUCUCACCAAGGAAGGAGAGUAACCACAAUAAAUGAAACCAACUUAGAAGGGAAUCGUUGUGAUUGAUGUAGUAAAUUGAAGAUGUAAGCACAUUGAUUUUGUUUUAAACUAGAACUGUAAUCCUUUGUUUGAUUUCAAAACUUUACGUAUAUAUUUAUAUAGAGAGAGAGAGAGAGAGAGAGCUGGUGUAGGGUGUUUUCCUUUUUUCUUUUGUUCCCCAUUCUGUUAAUCCAUUUGGAUCCUUAGCUUCCAAGAUGACAUUGAGUACAUUUUGUAGCUAUAUGUAACUUCUGUUACAUUGUGGAAAUAAAAACCAGAUUUAGAUCA